GACAGUGAGAGAGAAUCAGACACAGUGUCAACACUGUGGCUGUCACAGGUGGUAGUUUUCUCUCUGAUUGUCUUAUUUUCGCUUUAUUUUUCCCAGCCACAGUGUUUCUGGAGGGUGAGCUAGCCAUGAUUCACAGCCUAUUUAUAAUUAACUCGUCUGGGGAUGUGUUUAUGGAGAAACACUGGAAAAGUGUCAUUCCUCGCUCUAUCUGUGAUUAUUUCUUCGACGCCCAGAGAAAGGCUAAUAACAAUGAAGACAUUCCGCCGGUCAUCACCACACCGCAUCACUACCUUAUCAGUGUCUUGAGAAGUAAUCUCUUCUUCAUUGCUGUCUGCAUGACUGAAGUUCCACCUCUGUUCGUGAUUGAAUUCCUUCAUCGUGUAGUUGACACUUUUGAAGAUUACUUUGGAGAGUGUACUGAGUCUAUUAUUAAGGAGCAUUAUGUUGUGGUUUAUGAGCUGUUGGAUGAGAUGCUGGACAAUGGAUUUCCACUGGCAACAGAGAGCAAUAUCUUGAAGGAGCUCAUUAAGCCUCCAAACAUCUUGCGCACCAUUGCCAAUACUGUUACUGGCAAGUCAAAUGUAAGUGGCACUUUACCAACCGGACAGCUGAGUAAUGUGCCAUGGCGUCGCUCUGGUGUCAAGUACACCAACAAUGAGGCGUACUUUGACGUCACUGAGGAAGUGGAUGCCAUCAUUGAUAAGUCUGGGGCGACAGUUGCUGCUGAAAUUCAGGGUUAUAUUGAUUGCUGUAUAAAGUUAUCUGGAAUGCCAGACCUUACUCUAACAUUUAUUAAUCCACGACUCUUUGAUGAUGUUUCAUUCCAUCCAUGUGUGAGACUAAAACGAUGGGAAUCAGAGCGAGUGCUCUCUUUCGUCCCUCCCGAUGGCAACUCUCGACUUUUGUCCUAUCACAUUGGCUCUCAGUCAGUUGUUGCUAUCCCAGUUUACAUACGACACAACAUAUCUUUCCGAGAUGUGGGUGGAGGAAGGUUAGACAUCACUGUCGGACCAAAGCAAACAAUGGGACGAGCAGUUGAAGGUGUUGUGUUGGAAGUGCCAAUCCCAAAAUGUGUAAUUGAAAUUUUGACAGCCCCGAAAAGGCAAUAUCCCUUUGACUCGGUUUCGAGACUGCGAUGGGAAACGGGACGCUUAAACCCACCAAUUCCCCAACAUGCUGGAAAUAUCAGUGUACAAAGUGGCUCUCCUCCACCAGAGAGUAAUCCAACUGUAAAUGUACAAUUCACUAUCACACAACUAGCUUUGUCAGGACUGAAGGUCAACCGCUUGGAUAUCUAUGGAGAGAAAUACAAACCAUUUAAGGGUGUCAAGUAUAUCACUAAAGCAGGUCGUUUCCAGGUCCGCACCUAAGUCACCAAAGUAAUCAGUGAAGAUUACAUGAAUUAUAAAUAAUAUAAUUUUGAUAUUGUACGGCUUAUCACUAUGCAGUUUUUCUUUGUAGCUUAGCUUUUUAAAUAGAAAAUUCUAUAAACAAGAUUGUGAUUUCAAAUAUUAUAUAGCUACUUGAAACAGGCAGAGUAAAUUUUUUUUUUAUAUUUCAUGAAUGUUCCAAUGAUCUGAAGGUAGUAUAUAAGAUUUAUGUAUUUUAUGUUCAUGUUAGUAUAUAUAAAAUAUAUAAUUGUUAACAGCAAUGUUUAGUUUGAUUUUU